AAGAAGAUAUAGCAAAUGGUUAUGGCUGCCGCUUCAAUAGCUAAUAUUGUGAAGAGUUCUCUUGGUCCAGUUGGUUUGGAUAAAAUGCUGGUGGAUGACAUUGGUGAUGUAACCAUUACUAAUGAUGGUGCGACAAUUCUGAAGUUGCUAGAGGUCGAACAUCCUGCUGCAAAAGUUCUGUGUGAACUAGCAGAACUACAAGACAAAGAAGUUGGAGAUGGGACCACCUCUGUGGUAAUUAUUGCUGCCGAGCUUUUGAAAAAUGCAGAUGAGUUGGUUAAACAGAAAAUUCACCCCACUUCCAUCAUCAGUGGCUAUCGUCUUGCUUGCAAGGAAGCAGUACGUUACAUCAACGAGAAUCUGGUUAUUAACUCGGAUGAGUUGGGCAGGGAUUGCCUUAUUAAUGCAGCAAAAACAUCAAUGUCCUCCAAAAUCAUAGGAAUUGACAGUGACUUCUUUGCUAAUAUGGUAGUGGACGCUGCUCUUGCAGUUAAAUACACAGAUCAAAAGGGGCAAGCACGUUAUCCAAUCAAUUCCAUCAAUGUUUUAAAGGCACAUGGUCGCAGUCAGAAAGAGAGCAUUCUUGUAAAUGGCUAUGCCUUGAACUGUGUCGUGGGUUCCCAAGGUAUGCCCAAAAGAAUAGUUAAUGCAAAGAUAGCAUGUCUUGACUUCAGCCUUCAAAAAACUAAAAUGAAGCUUGGUGUUCAGGUGGUAAUUACAGACCCUGAGAAGCUGGACCAGAUUAGGCAGAGAGAGGCCGACAUCACUAAGGAGAAAAUUCAGAAGAUCUUAGCUACUGGUGCAAAUGUUAUUCUGACCACCGGUGGCAUUGAUGACAUGUGUCUGAAAUACUUUGUGGAUGCUGGUGCUAUGGCAGUACGCAGAGUUCUAAAAAGAGAUCUUAAACGCAUUGCUAAGGCAUCUGGAGCCACUGUUUGUUCUACACUGGCAAAUCUGGAAGGUGAAGAAACAUUUGAAGCAUCGAUGCUGGGACAAGCAGAAGAAGUGGUUCAGGAAAGAAUCUGUGAUGAUGAAUUAAUUUUAAUCAAAAAUACUAAGGCUCGGACUUCAGCUGCCAUAAUAUUGCGAGGAGCGAAUGACUUCAUGUGUGAUGAGAUGGAGCGGUCCCUACAUGAUGCUCUUUGUGUUGUGAAAAGAGUAUUAGAGUCAAAAUCUGUGGUUCCAGGAGGUGGUGCAGUUGAAGCAGCCCUUUCCAUUUAUCUGGAAAACUAUGCAACUAGCAUGGGUUCACGUGAACAGCUGGCUAUUGCAGAGUUUGCAAGAUCUCUUCUGGUUAUCCCAAACACUUUAGCCGUCAAUGCUGCUCAAGAUGCUAUAGACCUUGUUGCAAAACUCAGGGCAUUUCACAAUGAAGCUCAAGUGAAUCCAGAACGCAAAAAUCUGAAAUGGAUUGGUCUUGAUUUAGUCAAUGGGAAACCACGUGACAACAAGCAGGCUGGUGUAUAUGAACCUACUGUUGUCAAAACAAAGAGUUUGAAAUUUGCAACAGAAGCUGCAAUUACUAUCCUUCGAAUUGAUGAUCUUAUUAAACUGCAGCCUGAAAGUAAAGGUGAUAAAGGAGGGAGCUAUGAAGAUGCAGUUCACUCUGGAGAAAUUGAAGACUAGUUGUAUUUUAUUUAACCAUUCCUGUAACAUUCUUUCUAAUGUUCUAUUUAGUAGUGUAUGUUUAGAGAAAAGAUGUUGGACAUUUGUCUGGCCAGAAAAUAAAUGAAAGAAGACAGCCA